GCUGUUUUUGUAAUUUUGAAAAUGUUUCAGGCUGUUUCAUAAUGUUAGAAAAAUAUCAAAAAUGUGUUUCCAUCCAUGAAGAGGUUAGAGACAGAAAAAAUUCCGUCUCUAACCAAGUUAUUUUCUCUUUGCGACUCCUCCGACCCCCUCGGCCUCCUAGUCCUCAGCCUCUACAACAACCUCAUCUCCCUCACCGUUUCCAACCCCAUUGCCAUGUGCACCGCCUCUGCCCCCUCCUACAAGGGCACUCUCGUCCACAAGAUCUUCCCUAGUCAGUUCUUUGUCACUAGCCGCCAAGGCCGCUGUGAGAAGGUAGAGGUCAAGCCACCACUGGACUUCUUGGCCCGCAACACCGAGACAAUCAGUCCUCGGGCUUUCCUACUCGACCACUCUAGACCUAGCAUUCUUUCACUAUGCUCAUUAGAAAGCGACGGGGACGACGAGAUUAAGCUAAAUCCCAAUUACAAAAACGUCAAAUUCUUUAUCACCACAGAGCCUGGUCCUUGCCCUUAGCUUGAUAGCUAGCACAUUAUCUUUGGAACAGCGCUUGAAGGUAUACUAAUUGAUCGUUUCAUUGCUAAAUUAACCAAUCAUUGAAAUAUUGUUGAGCAAAAUCAAUCUGUUUAAUCUGCACAUUGAAUCCGGCUUAGAUAACU